AUGGGUCACCAGCAGCUGUACCAGAGCCACCUGCAAAAAUUCAGCCAGGGUUCUCGCUCUCAUGGCAUCUGUUCAGACCUGCACAGUCUGAUCCAGAAAUAUGGCCACAAUAUGUGCCUCCAGUGUUUCCAUUGGUAUGCAAAGGAUAUAGAUUUCAUUAAGUUGGACUAAGUGAUCUUCCUUGAAUGGAUUAUCCAAGGCAUCCACCCAAUAAAAAACCAUGAUUGCUCUUUGUACAUAAAAUAAAUAUUUAAAAACUACAACAACAAAAAAGAUAUGUUUCAUAAAGGACUGUUAUCCAAGCUAUACAAAGAACCCUGAAAACUCAACAAUCAGAAAAUGAACAACUGGAUUUUAAAAGUGGGCAAAAAAACCUGAACAAACAUCUCACCUAGGAAGAAAUACA